CACAGAGACCAAAACCAAAGAAAAAGAUCAAAGUAAACCGAGAAAAUCAUCAUAAAAACUCCAUGCGCUCAAACAAAGAAUGCAAACAUCCAACGUCUCCGGCACCAUUCUCCUCCUCUUCCUCCUCCUCCCCUUCUCCAUUUCCGACUCGCCGGCGGAGGAUGCACAAAGCCUAAUCCAAUUCAAGUCUUCCUUUGUCGUCCCGGACCCCGACCCUCUCGCCGCCUGGUCUCCGGCCUCUUCUCCCUGCAACCCCAAAAGCCUGUGGCCGGGUGUCAUCUGUGACAAGAACUCCAUCACCGGCCUCCGCCUCGCUGGCCUCAAACUCUCUGGCGCCUCCAUCAACGUCGAACCCCUCCGACCCCUCACCGCCCUCCGUUCCAUUUCUCUAGACAACAACGCCCUCUCCGGACCCAUCCCCGCAUUCUCCCUCCUCGACAGCCUCAAAUCCAUCUACCUCUCCAACAACAAAUUCUCCGGUGACAUCCCCGACGACUACUUCGCCAACAUGGACCACCUGAAAAAGUUCUGGGUUGAUGGCAACGCCUUGACUGGUAAAAUCCCAUCGUCCAUCUCCAAAGCCGUCACGCUCAUCGAGCUUCAGCUCCAGAACAAUCAAUUCUCCGGCGAGCUACCGGAUAUUAGCAUAUCGUCUUUAACAAGCUUCAACGUCUCCGGCAAUACCCUCACAGGAAAAAUCCCGGACGAAUUGUCCAAGAAGUUCAAGGCUGAGUCAUUUGCUGGAAACCCUGGGAAUGUGUUGCCGCCGUUGGCGUAUUUGUAUCGGAGGGAUGAAAAGUUGGUUGUGUCCGAGUAUGCGAGUAAAGGGAACUUGUUAUAUAUUCUUCAUGGCGACCGUGGCCCUGACCACGCAUCGCUGGACUGGCUAACUCGGCUGUUCCUCAACCCCUCCCUCGCCCCCUCCGUCCUCUUCUCCUUCAAAUCCCCCGAGUCCCUUCUCCAUCACCACGUCUCCCCAAAAUCUGACGUCUACUGUCUCGGGGUCCUCAUCCUCGAGAUCCUCACUGGCAAAUUCCCGUCGCAAUACCUAAGCGACAGCGCGAGAGGAGGAACAGACGUGGUGACGUGGGCCGUGGCGGCGAUUAAGGAGGGAAAGGAGGUCGAGUUGUUGGAUCCGAACGUGUCGAGAACGGCCAGCGAC